UUUAUCUAUUUAACAUAUAAUAUGUAACUAAAAUGGAAGAAGGUUAUCAAGAUCUGGAAUAUGAGUAUGACGCUCCCAAGUACGCGAAUCUAGCUGCUCCUUUAUUAGAUGUUAAUGAUGAGUGGUUUUUUCGCUGCCAUCCAAGUCUUGAACAACCGGAACCUAAUUUACGAGAAACCCUUUUAAAGUUGCGUAAAGAAGAUAUCACUCUCUUAGAAAAUACUUCCACAUCAUCUCUGAGUCUUAAUUCCAAUAAUAAAACUAUAAAAAAAGAAAGCCAUUUUACUAAUAAGUCUGCGGCCUUAUCUGCUAUUGUUGCCAAUAGAGAAGCUUGGGAUAACUUCACACGCAAGUCAACUGCUUUACCAAGAUAUAUAAAUGCGCACGUACUAGAGAAGGACUUAUUACUUUCAGCAACCGCUCCUGUUAUAAAAAGUUCCAACACAUUAAAUUUUACACAGCAAGAUUACAUUAUAAAUUUGAACAAUAGCGUGGAUAAGAGAGUUGUUAAGUGUGACGAUAAUAACCCUAGUUUCUUCAGUUUUUCAGAAUCUAAAGUCAAUUUUACUACUCAUAAUAAUUAUAAUACCUCUUAUAUAAGUGAUGACAAUAAUGAUAUUAUUUUAAGUGCUGAAAAUAAAAUCUUUAACCUUUCUUGUUUAACUCUUGAUAAAAAAAGUGAUUUCCAAAUAAUCCGGCAAAUGAAUUGUCCAAUAUCGAAGAAAUCUUUAAAGGAAAGUGAACUACCGUUCCACAAAAUGUCUAAGGGCAAAUUUAAAAAGUUUUUUGGAAGGAUGUCUAACUCAAGAGAAAAAGAAGUUUUUUCCGACUUACGCAAAAGAAAUCUUUCUGAAGAAUUAAAAACUUCCCAAAAUUUUGCCUCAGAUUUAAAGCUGCCUACCAAUAUAUCCGAAAAGUAUCACAUGGUAAAUACUUUAACCGAUCUGAAGAGUAUGUUAAACAAAGAUACAAAGAAAGUUAUUACUCAAGGUCAAUUAGAUAAUCACAAAGGACUGUUACUUGAUAAUAGAAUUGAAAGAACACAAUUUUCUAAUAACGAUUUUAAAAAUUGUUUUAAAGCCAACUCAAGGAAUGUGAAAAACUUGCCACUAAAUGAAACUUUAAAUUUAAAUAAACCUUUGAACAGCCCUUUAUACGUCGUUAACAAGGAAAAUGUAAUAAAUGCGGACUAUCAAAAAUCUAAAAAUUUGGGAAAAAGAAGUCAAAAUCAGCAGCGCUCAGUUUUUGGUGUCCUCACUAAUGCUAAUAAGGAAGACAGCUCUAAAUUUAAAAAAACUUUUGGCAAGACACUUAACUUAUACAAUGAAAGCUCUUCCAAUAUUACAAAUAUAAAAAAAAUAAGCCUAAAAUCUCUCUCACCGACUCUUCGCCCUCGCCGAGUUGUACAUGAACCAUCGAAUAUAAAUAAAAGCUAAAUGUAACUAUGAGAUAAAGUUU